AUGCAGGUCGAGGUGACGAAGGUGGACAGAGGGAAAGGAAGAGGGGUAGCUGAGGAAAAACGAUGGUCCGACACGAGCCGAGGACGAUGUCCUGCCCGCCCUUCCCUCUUUGAGGACGUCCCACCGCCAAGAGCGCCUCGCCUCGACUACCCAUUAAUGAUCAAGCACACCAUCAUCACCUGGAACGUAAGAAGGGGCAUGGGGGUCCCGGAAAAACGACGUAAUAUCUACACCUACCUUUCCACAUUCAAAGCUUCCGCGAUUCUCUUACAAGAGCAUUUCAUCAGACCACAAUUCUGGCAGCUCAUCAAGGACGAGUACGAGGGCAAGCUCUUCAUCAACCAGCACUGCCUGACCCUGAUCCCGGCCGACUCGCCCCUGAUCGACGCCGAGCUCUUGCGCACCCACUCGGCACUCGACGGCCGGCUCCUCGUCACCUCCUUUCGUCUGCGGGCGACAUCAAAAUUCUAGAAAUCAAUAACCUCUACGCGCCCGUUGACCCAAAACAACGAGCAAAAUUCUUCGACAAACUGAUCCUCCACAAAACACAGAAAUCCCACCUCCGACUCCUUGGCGGCGAUCUCAACGACUGCCCGCGCCCAGAAGUCGAUCGGCGGAACCAAAGUCGGCGCGGCCACCACUGGCCGAUUCUGAUGGGCAAGCUCGACUCGGCCUACACGGACUGCAUCCGCUACAAGCACCCCAUCACCCCAUCUUUCACUCGACCUAAUCCCAAUCGCAAGCGACCCAACUCCUUCUCCCGGCUUGACUACUUUCUCCUACAAAGAGCUCACCAAAAAAGGCUCGACCAGGCCUCGACGAUCUACGACUAUCCCAAGGAUCUUUCCGAUCACCGACCGGUCUUGAUCGUACUAGCUCUCUCAGACGAUCUUGAUGCGGCUCUCCCACAGCUCAGCCUACCUACCACAUCGACCAACUACAUCGAAUCAAUACCACAACCUUCAAGACGGUGGAAUUUCAGCGGAUGAUGGAAGGAUGGUUGGAAGGGGCAAGCGGGGAGGAUCCGGUGCGAGAGCUUGAGGAGGUUCUGGAGGCGUGCAGGGACAGGGGUGGGGAGAUGGCGAGGAGGCUGCAUCGGGAGCGGACGGAACGGAUGGAGUAUUUGGUGGGGGGUGCAGGAUCUGGAGGCGUUACCGGUAUGGGGGAGGCGGAAACGGCAGAAUGGACAAGGACGUCCGAGGAACUCAAGCGGGCGGUCGAGGAGCGCGCGCGCCUACUCCGGAUCCGAGCCCACGUCCCCGAGAUCGCUUCCGAGGAACGACUGUCGCGGCCGGUCCACGCCAAGCUCGCGGCGCGGAACUCGGACUCCAAGAUCACAGCACUGCGCUUGGGCAACGGAGAGCUAACGCAUGACAUUGAUGUCGCUCUUGACCACACGCAGGCGCAUUUCCAGCGCCUCUACCACAUCGAGCCUCGUGAUCCGGAACGCGUCGACCGACUUCGGGACGAACUCCUCGUGCCGAUCAGGGCGGCACGGACUUGCGACGACCCGCGCUCAGAUCCGCUCUUUCUGCGCCGACUCUCGGAAGCGCAGAUUGAUCUCCUCCAGCAACCCAUCACCGAGGACGAGGUCGUGGCCGCGAUCGGGACGACGCACCCGGGGCGAUCGCCGGGCCCGUCGGGCGUGCCUUACGAACUCUAUCAGACCGCACCGGAGGCGUGGUCCAAGGUGCUGACCAAGGCCUACAACGCGAUGAUCGAGCGCGGUUCACUCUCUCCCAAGCAGGGCCAGGGACUCGUGCGCCUCAUCUUCAAGCGCCACAAGAAGAAUGCCGAUCGCGCCGAACUCUCGUCGUAUCGCCCAUCACCCUGCGCGAGUGCGAUUACAAGAUUUUUACCAAGGUCUACGUCGCCCGAUUGAACCAAAUUCUGCCCGAUCUCCUCCCGCCGCAGCAGCACGGCUUCGUCAAGGACCGCCGAUCGGCCGACGCUGCACUACACCUUCGUCUCCUGAUCGAGGAACUUGGCGCGCGCAGGACCGAGUUCCCCGCGGCCGCGCUCUUGUCUCUUGACCAAUCAUCCGCCUACGACCUCGUCGAGCAUGACUGGAUCUUUGCCAUUUUCGACGCUCUGGGCGUUCCUACCACCUUUCUUCGCGUGCUGAGGAUGCUCUACUCGGGUGACUCGACCUCGGCGCGCUACAUCAUCAAUGGGUUCCUGACGGCGCCGGUGCGACUGACGUGUGGGCUCGGCCAAGGGGACCCGGCGUCAUCGUCGGUCUGGGACAUCGUGUUUCAGCCGUUCCUGGAUGCUCUACACCGUCGAAACAUCGCGCUGAAUCUCUCCAUACCUGCACUUCAUCCGUACCCACAGAGCCGCGCCAUUACAUCACUUGCAUUUGCCGAUGACGUUGUCGUCGCCGUCGCGGGCUUGGAGUCACUCAACUUGCUCGAUGACCUGGCGCUCGACUGGAGGCAUGCAACGAAUGGCCGGCUCAACACGGACAAGACGGUCGUCCUACCGAUUGGACGUCGCUGGGACCCUGGGGAACGGCCAAUCGUCGUCAAGGCCGCAGGCGAGUCGCUCGAGUGGAUCGGCCUCCCCUUCGACCCCAGCGGCGACACCGAACUCGCCUACGCGAAUCUCAUCGAACGGCUCGAGGCGACGCUGGAAGCGGUUCAGCAUCGCUGGCUCACGCACCACACCCGUGCCUUUUACGUCAAUCGGUACGCCAUUCCCAAGAUCCUGCAUUUCCUUGCAGCCGACAUCCCGCCGCCCGAAGUCGUCAAGAAGCUCGAUGACAUGCUCGUCGAUUUCGUCCGUGGGGGCAAGGGCAGGACCAGCUACGGCAGAGACAUUGUGUUCACCGCCAAGAACAAGGGGGGACUCGGGGUGAUAAGGAUGCGGGACGUUGUGGACGCGGUUGCGGCACGGCUCUGGGACGUUCUUCUCGGCGGUUCCGGCGCGAUUUGGCAAGGACUUGCGCGCGCAUCACUCCAGCGAGCUCAGCCCGACCUCGACCUGGCCACCGAUCUCUGGCCACAUCCAUCCACUCCCAUCCCCAACGACCUUCAUCCCCGAUGGCACGCCGCACUGGGCGUUCCGAAACUUCACGACGCGCAGGUCAACCCGAGGGCCUUGACCACCGCGAACUUGCUCGCGCUGCCCACCCUGCUCGGCAGCCUCCACACCCCCAUCAGAGGGAGACAGACCAUCGACGCGGUUCAUGUACCUGACUACCUUCGUCUCCAGGGCUACCCGAAGGUGGCGGAUCUCUAUCGACGCGAGUUGUAUGCGGGUGGGGGUUUCACCUCUGGACGCCGCCGGCGGAUGUGCUCGGCGACAACAGCGAGUACGAUCGACGCGGGCUCCCGCAGCGACUGGCAAUCGCGGCCUGGUACCGGUUCACUGUCGAUCGACACAAGAACACCCCCUUGGCGGCGGCGGUGGCGGCGGGACGACUCAACGUGCCUCCCCGGAUCGGCACCAGCGCACCACUCGAGGCGAUCAUCCCCAAGCCCGUGGCCCGCUUCGCAAUGGAGCAGCGCCUUCCGGACCCGGUGCUUCCACAACAGGCGAGCCAGUAUACGCUGCUGAACAUGGCUCGCCCCUACACAGUCCGUCGCAUCCGCCGGGUCCUGAACGCGAAGGCAUUUACCAACAUGCUCGGGCUCAAGGGACCACCGCAGCCGGACGACCUCAGGAGCUUCUGGAAGGCAGUCAACUCGAAGGCACUGACGGCGAGGGAGAGGGAAGUUUGGUUCAAGCUGAUCCUCCGCUUCACCCCGACGCGCAAACUCCAGCACGAGCAAAAGCACGACACUUCUCCCGCGUGCCUCGUGUGCGAAGCGCCGGUGGACGACACCGAUCACUACUUCUUCGGCUGCGUCGACUCGCGGAACAUCUGGACCGCGGCAAGGGGCGUGCUCUGCGACGCGCUCGGAUGCGACACGAUCGAGGACGCCGAGUACACGACACUACAACGACUCUUUGGCCUCCCCAAGCUCAAGGCCAAGCUCAGCGAACAGGAAGGCGCAGGCAGGACGAUCGAGAUCUUCACGGGGAUGGUCUUGGAGAUGAUCAGCAGUGGGAGAUGGAGGAUGCAGAAGCACGGGACGAGGAUGGAAAGCCUGGAGCGGAGGAGGGUGGUACUGGAGGAGAGGAUGAAGUUGAGGGCGGGGGGAGCAAGGGGCGGGCGAGGGCAGUAG